UCAGCAGCGGACCCUCCUUUCACACAUCUGUAGAGUGUAUCCAACAGCCUGUUCCUGACAGAGCACCGUCCGGGACGGGAGUGGGAUGAGCUAGUUUCGGACUUUUCCACGGUUAUCUACGAAAACGACACAGUUUCGGUCUGCUGGUCAACAAUACGGGAUAUAUUGUAACAAAUUAACUCAGGUCUGGCUGUUUUCGGAGAGCUGGGAGACACUCCGUCGUAUUUUAAAGAGUUUGGAUACUGGAGGAAAGUUUAAAUCCCUGCGCUGCCCGGGGGAAAGGUGAGACGGGUGCGACUUUAACUUCCCCGGCUUACUCAUUUGAUAAUAACAACAACAUAUUAGCUAUCGAGCAGCAUUUUACCAGCGUGUGCAGUUGUGUCAUUUCUCUAUCCUGCACUGAAUUAUGUUUAGCAGCAUGUCAGUCAACGGUGCCGCUGUGUAACCAGUUCUUCCAGCUCUGCGGGGAGUUUCGACUGCUGCUUGACUAACUUCAGGUAAACCGCUCACCAGGUUUGCCGCUUUGCUUCAAAACCCUUGUUCAAACAGUUUCACAAUAAUGGCUGGUUUGAGCAAUGCCCACAUGAAAACCCUGGAGGACCUCACCCUGGACUCUGGCUAUGGGGCGGGGGACUCGUGUAAAUCCCUCAGCCUGUCCUCCUCCAAGUCCAACUCUCAGGCCUUUAUGACGAUCCCUCAUCGGGGAAACUGGUGGUACUACUCCGGCUCUAUGAACAGCAGGAACAACAGCUGGGACACGGUCAACACGGUCCUCCCCGAAGACCCGGAGGACAUAUUCUCAAAGUGUCCCCGCUUACCUGAGUUGGAAGAGUUCCCCUGGACCGAAGAUGAGGUGGCUAAGAUACUUCGCAAAGUGGCCGGGAGUGGGGGCAUUAAAGGCGGACCCACACCUGUGUUCUCCCCGGAGGCCGUGCGACGGCUGUCCGCUCUCCUCCGCCGGGCUCUCAUCCGCAUCUCCAGAGAGGCUCAGCGGCUCAGUGUCAUGCACUGCCGUUGCACGCGCUUCGAGGUGCAGAGUGCCAUGAGGCUGGUGCUCAGCUGGGCCCUGGCCGACCACUGCGUUUCCGCUACGGUCAAGGCCAUCUCCAUGUAUAGCAUGAGCGCCGGGGAGCUGCUGAGAAAGGGCAAGUCGGCCCGCUGCGGCCUCUCCUUCUCCGUGGGGCGCUUCUUCCGCUGGAUGGUGGACACACGCAUCUCCGUGCGCAUCCACGAGUACGCAGCGAUAUGCCUGACCGCAUGCAUGGAAGCCCUGGUGGAGGAGAUAGGAGCCCGGGUGCUGAUGGCCGAGAGGGGUCACCCAGGGCCGGAUUCGGAGUCAUCAUGCUACCCGGUGAGCGCAGAGGCCCUGGAGGGGGUGGUGAACAAUGACGCGGAGCUUUGGGGAGUCCUGCAGCAUUAUGAGCACCUGAUCUGCGGGAAGAACGCCAAUGCUGAAGUCCCCUUCCCCCGCAGCCACCACCACCACCAGUGUCCACAAAAGCAAAGGUCCACGUUCCGCUCUUAA